UUCGCCUUGCCGCAUUUCAUCUCACCCUCCGGGGCUGUGAUGAUGGUGCCACAUGCUCGUUAUAAACGCCUUUAACUUUGCCAGCCAGAGCACGCCACAAGGUUUCUUUUCUUCAAUUCUCACACACCACUAGCACGAGCAUUCUCCGUCUUCGAAAGAUCCAAUAUUUCCAAUGAAAAGCAUCGUUUUCCGCUUCGUGGUUCCUACGAUGGUCAAAGUGUAUUAGAAGAGGAUGCCAUGGCUCGAGAAAGGGUCCCAGGCGACAAUCCUGCAUACUACACCGGCCCAAAGAAGGCAAACCAGCUCUUCGACAUCUCGAACUUCCAGAUGGCCCCGAAUCCCCCGACAAGAAACAAACGUGUGUUUUUCUGGCUAGAAAGCUAUAUUCCUGCCCUACCGGGGCUCGAGAACGCGACUCUUUUGACCAAAAUGAAAGCACCGGACCGCCCGGACAUAAUCGAGACCGAAGCCAAGAUCAGCAAUUUCAAAGCCGUGGUGGUGAGGAGAGACCUAGUAUAUGGCGGGCCGUUGAAAGAGGACGGGAAUGAGAUGUUGGCGGAUUUUUGGCUUUGGGGUCCUGCAAUCCACACGGGGAAUCACAUGUGCGAGGCUGUUGCCAAGCUUCCAAAUGAUUGCCAGGAUGCACUAUCGGUCCUCAUCCUCCGAAUCGUCAUCGUCCUCCGAAUCGCCAUCGUCUUCUGA